CCAGAUGGUCACCGGCGCCGGCGCUCGCCAGUCAGUCGCGCUCACGACGUGCUGCCAGAAACAUGAGGCUGGUGACGCUCCUCUCCGCUUGCCUGGCGCUGGCCGCCGCCAGCCCCCAGCAGGGAAUCCUGGGCCGGAAGGUGGGAUCGAGCUCUGCCAACCAGCUGGGCGUCGGCGGACCUCCCUGCGGCUCCCGGCAAUGUGAUCCCGGAUAUGUAAAGUUUGGAGAGCUGUGCUACAGAUUAGCAUACGUUAAGUCUCCAAUAGACUUUAACGAAGCCAUAUCCGGCUGUCGGAGGGAAAAAGCCGUGCUGGCUACGCCGAAGUCGUUGGAGGAAUAUCGGUACCUGAGGACGAUGGGAGAGGGCAUUGUCGAGGCACUCGACGACUCAACAAGACGGGCAUUCAUCGGCAUGUUUUGUGGCGCCGACUGCGUCGAGCCGAACCGAUGGAGGUACGCGGACGGUACCCGGUGCAUUAGCAACUCGUUCUGUGAUUGGUCUGUGCCGGAGACGGACAACGAGUGGAACAGCAUCCCGAGCCUGACGGGCGCCUCGGUGGGCGCGCUGCUCGACGGAAAGGAGCAGUUCCCGUACAAACUUCAGGCGCUGCCCGGCAACCACAAGCUGCAGUACUUUAUCUGCCAGAAGAGCGCUGACAAUGUGGAGGCCAGCAAGCCCAACAACCUGCGCGUCUCGGAGCUGGUCUCCUGGAUCCGGAUCACCUGGGACCGGCCGGCCUGCGAGGGCGACCUCAGCUCCUACAUCAUGGUCAUCCUGGGAGGCACCACCAGCUACGACACCGAGAUCAAGUGUGACGAGCAGCAGUGCACGUUCGACAUGAACCCGGCCGUGUGCGACUACUGCAUCAAGCCCAACGUGGACUACACCUUCUCGGUGGCCGCCGUCCUGGAGGACUCUCAGCUCGGACCCGCCGCCACCGUCAACCAGGCUGUCGACGUGGAGACGUGCCCCAACUUCGUGGCGCCUCUGCACACGACCACGCUGUGCCGCGGUGUCUCCGAGGUGAACGCCAACGGCGACUGCAACAACCAGGUGCUCUGGAGCAAGGGCUCCAUGUGCCAGGCCCAGUGCGAGGAGGGCUACGGCUUCUUCGACCCGCCCGCCAAGAAGUACGACUGCGGCGCCGGCGGACAGUGGAGCCCCGAGGGCAGCGCGCCAGAGUGCUACCAGAUCGUGCCCGUGUACUCUGCCAACCUGCAGUACAAGAUCACCUACCAGCGCGAGUCGGUCGAGUCGCUGCAGCACCAGUUCGACGGACUGGUCUACAAGUACAACGACAUCUUCUGCCCGUACCCGGAGGAGUGUGGCGUCUCCGACCUCUCCACCAAGGCCUCCCUGGACAAGGACGGCCGCCCGCUGAUGGACGUCGUGCUCACCAUCGACACACCCGUCUACAACAUCACUGACCAGGAGGGCUUCAUCGACAUCGUCAGCGAGGCGCUCAGCACCGUCACCGAGGACAACGCCUUCAUGACCCUCAUCGACUACGACAAUAUUGAGCUCGUGCUGCCCAUCCGGCAGCGCAAGGGCAAGCGCAACAAGGCCCAGGCGUCGCUCUGCUGUCACAAGUGCCCCGAGGGACACGCUUACAGGCUCGGACACUGCGUCAAGUGCCCGACGCCGAACUGCAACUAAGUCUCCAGCCGGCGGGCUUCAUUUUAUCUGAAGCUGGUCCGUGCGGGCGGCUCCGGAGAUGGUCGGCUGUCUCCCGCCACCAUCACCCACCGUUCAGACGGCGGGGCGGGUGACGCGCCAGCGGACACCGUGCGCGCGUGCCGGCGAACAGACUGGGCAGUGUGUGAGCAGCUAACCCGGGCCGAGUGGAACGGUGACGUCACAUCGAUACGGUGACGUCACGCGGCGUCGUGUGACGUCACUGUUAACGAGUCGCCGUCACUGGGGCUGCGCGCGAUCGAGUUCAAACCGUCUUAGGCCAUCGAAAUUUCUAGAGACGCGCUGCUGCCUGCGAGUGUGUGAAUGUGGCGCGCCUGAGACGGAUGUGUGACGCAGAUCGAGUGUUGGACGCAUGGGUGGCGCACCGUGCUCAAGGUUUUAGCCGCCGAAGAGCGAACGAAUCUCUCGUUUUCCAUCGUACCGCCAUCAUAUCUAUUUAUUGUUACCAUACUUUGUGAAUGGAGUGCUGGCAUGUUGGGUGGCCCUCCGCCCCGAGCGGUGGAGUUGCACGCCGUCAAGUAUUCCCAUGAAGUAUAUAUAGGCCACUGUUGGUUGUUGCUAGUUCCAUGACCUGUGCAUUCGGUGUGCAGCGUGUGACAACAUUGUGACAGAUCACAAAUAAACCUUAAAAUCGA